AUGCGGGAGCGGGCGCCGCGGCCCCGAAGUACUCUGGAGCCCCGGGAACAGCCUGGCCGCCCCGUCUGCCCCGAAGCGCCCGGCAGCGCGGGUGCUGCAGCCGCCCGGCGGGGAGACGCACCCAGCCGCCUCUUCCGUGGCCUCCGGGUGAACGGGCCGGACGCGCCCCUCGCCCCGCAGAGACGGAAAGCCGGCAAGGCGACGGUCGGCAUGGUCGGCGGACCGCGGAUGCGCGCCUCUUGGCUCCUCUGCCUUCUGGUCAGCCUUCCCCCAAGGAAUGCUCUGGGGUUCACCGUGCCGGCUGGGAACCACACAAGGGCGGGCUCCAGCCCCGUCCCGCUGCUCCUCGAGACGCCGGGGGAGAUGUACGAAUACGUGUCCACACCCCUGGACUGGUGGCGUGCCGACGCGCACUGCCAGCAGCACUUUGCGCAGCUGCCCUCCGAGGCCCAGAGCGGGGAGCUGGCAUCUCUGGGCAGAAAGCUGCCCUCCCACCAAGUCCAGGGGGGCGUGUGGCUGGACGGCGAGGAGGCGUUCCUGCAGAAGCCGAGGCGGAGACGAAGCCACCCGGCGCUGGUCCUGGCAUUCCAGGACAAAACAGACACGAAGUUCGCGAAGGUGCGAGCCAGCUUCCCGGCACUGCCCGCGCUGAGCGCCUGCGCCCACGUGCAGUGGGACCCCGGAGCCGCGGAGGUCUCCACCGUCUUCUCCUACGCGGUCCCGGCCUUCAUCAACGAGUUCCAGCUGCGGGGCUUCGUGGACGAGGAGGGCUUCGUGCGCUUUGCCGUCAUCCUGCACGGGCAUCACUCCCCGUACCUGCCGGUGUUCCGGGCAGAUGGGCGGUGGCACCAUUUCUGCGUCACGUGGCAGGAGCACGGCGGGGCGUGGGCCGUGUUCGCCGACGGGAAGCGGAGGGCCGCUGCCACGGGGCUCCUGGCCUCCCGGGCCAUUGGCGGCCGCGGGACCUUCAUCAUCGGGCAAGACCAGGACUCCCUGGGCGGCACCUUCAAGAAGAAAGAGUCUUUCAGCGGGAACCUCACGGGGCUGCACCUCUGGCGGAGGGUGCUCAGCAGAGGGCAGGUGGAAGGGGUCCGCUCCUGCGUCCCCGUGGUGGAGGGGCUCUUGUUCGCUUGGGACAGCAGCAUCCUGGAAGUGGAGCCCAGCCUCCUGCAGGCCACCGUGCAGCUCACCUGCCCAGGGCCUGUGGAAGAAUGCCGCGUUUUUACGCCCACCCGUGGGGGCCCCGCAGAUGCUUCCUGCUCGCAGGAGCGGCCUUUUCUGUGCCGCUACAAGAAAGAUCUGUACUUCCAGCUGAAGGAAAGGCAGUCAAGAUCCGUCCCGCCGCUCGCCGCUCGGGUUAACACGCUGGCCAACGCGACGGUGAUUCCUGAGAGCGUCUUCCAGGCAGAAGUCCAAGCCAUCAACAUUUCGGCAGCCAGCGAUUAUCUGGGGGUGGUGGAGGCGGUUCUCUCUGAGGUGGAGCCUCCCCAGCUGGACGCAGCUGCCCUCCUCGGAGUCUACCAGCUGCUGAAAAAGGUCUCGGACGUGGAAGCGGACACGCCGGAGCAACUGCCAGCGCUGGAGCAGCUGGGCCAGAGCUUCGUGCAGGUCGCGGGCAUCCUUCUGGAGGAAGAGAACGCCGAGGAGUGGGCUGAGAUAAAACCGAUCACCGGCGGACCCAUGAAGCUUGUGGAAAACAUAGACAGGAUGGCCAGCAACCUGCACCAGCUCCUCAGCGCCGAUCGCCCGAAAGUUUCCAUCCAGAGCAAGAACGUCGGGGUUGAAGUUCGGCGCGUGGAGCUCAGCACCCUGGCGGCCGGCAGCGCUGCGUACAUGAUGCGGGCCCAGCACCAAGACACCCCAGACCAGAUUGAGGUUCCAGCCGAGGAAGUAGAGAGGCUGAGAGUGAGAGGCCUGCACCAAGUCACGGUGACGAACACCUGGUACAGAUACGGCUCGCUUCAGCGCCUCCUCACUGCCGACCGGGCCGUGUCUGAGGACGCCGCUGUCUCGGACGGAGGCAUGAGGUACCUGAGCACCCAGGUGGGCUCCUCCCUCAUCUCCUCCACUCUGGUCAGCGACUACGAGGAAGUCAGCACCGCCGUGCGCUACCGGCUCCGGCACCGGGCUCAGGGGCCCGUCCAGCCCGCGUGUUGGGAGCACGGUGCCUGGAGAGGGGACUGCAGCACGUGUCAGACGCCCAGUGGCCGGAGGAAGGUGGAUCCGGGCAGCCGGACCCGGCGGGUGGCCUGGGGCAGAGGGAGCUUUCCCGGGAGCGGGACGGUCUGUGCAGGCCCAGGCAGCGCCCCCUGGCAGCGCCUUCUGGCGGCGGCGAACCCUCCCUGUGCCUCUUGCGGCUGCCCCCAGGCUUUUCCGGACCAGCUCGCGGAGCCCGUGUGCGCCUUCUGGAACUUCAGCCGAAGCCCCGAAGGAGCGGGGGGCUGGUCCACCACCGGCUGCGGGGCCCUCGCCUCCCACGCGGACAUCAUGCUCUGCGCCUGCAACCACACGACCAACUUCGCGGUGCUCCUGCAGCUGUACGAGGUGCAGCGGAGUGCAGAAGAGGAGGCCACCCUGAAGACCCUCACCUUCGUGGGCUGCGGCGUGUCCUUCUGCGCCCUGAUCGUCACGCUCGUCCUCUUCCUGGCCAUCGGGGUCCCCAAGAGCGAGAGGACCACCGUUCACAAAAACCUCAUCUUCGCCUUGGCGGCCGCGGAAGCCUUACUCAUGUGCAGCGAACUGGCCAAAACCAACCAGGGCGUCUGCUUCGCAGUCACGGCCUUCUUGCACCUCUUCUUCAUGGCGGCUUUCGCGUGGAUGCUGGUGGAAGGCCUCCUCCUGUGGAGCAAGGUGGUGGCUGUCAAUAUGAGCGAGGACCGGCGGAUGCGCUUCUACUACGUGACCGGAUGGGGGCUGCCGGUGGUCAUCGUCGGCGUGACCUUGGCCACGUCGUUCAACAAGUACGUGGCCGACAACCACUGCUGGCUCAACGUGCAGACGGACAUCAUCUGGGCCUUCGUGGGCCCCGUCCUGUUCGUCCUGAUGGUGAACACCGUCGUGCUCUUCCGGGUGGUGAUGGUGACCGUGUCCAGUGCCCGGCGGCGGUCCAGGAUGCUGACCCCCAACAGCAGCCUGGAGAAGCAGAUUGGCACCCAGGUCUGGGCCACCGCCCGUCCAGUCCUGGUUCUCCUGCCCGUCCUCGGCCUCACCUGGGUGUGUGGGAUCCUUGUGCACUUCAGCAUCAACUGGGCCUACGUCUUCAUCGUCCUGAACUCCCUCCAGGGUCUCUACAUAUUCCUGGUGUAUGCCAUCUACAACAGCGAGGUGAGAAGCGCUAUCCAGCGAAUGAAGGAGAAGAAGAAGGCCCUGUCAUUCAUGAACUGCUCUCAUCCCAUCAAUUACCUGUCGAGUCCACGGAAUACAUCCUGGGAGAGGGACAAAUUUAACCCUUCCACUCCCGAGAACACGGCCUCGCCCUCCUCAGAGAAGGAUGCAGUGGCCAAGAAUGUCAACAGCAAGGGCAACUUUGGCACCAAAAUUCCCAUGGGACUUGCCUUGAUUAUGUCUCCGGAGCGGCCAGCCGUGCAGCUGACUGCUUUCAAAUCUUCAGGUUUAUGAAGGGGGCCGUUCUCCGCCCUACGAGGUUCAAGAAUGGAAGCACAAGACAGUGGAGGAAAGAGGGGUGCCCAGCUGGCUGGCCUCCCCGCCGCCUCCUCCAGAGAGGGAGUAGAUCAGAUGGGACCGUCUGCUCCUCACUGGCCGAGCCAGUGGCUUUUGCCCGGUUUCACUCACUUCCAUCGCCAAGGCCGGUGUCCUGCUUUCCCUUGGAGCAGGGCAGUCACCGCCAGGUGUGCCCCGUGCCUGGAGAAGACCCCUGGGGUAGCACGAGCCACAGAACCAAAACUCUCCUCCCCAGCAGAUCUGCUUUUCAAGCCUGGGGAAAGGCAAGGAGGACGAGGCCUUACCUGGGCAAGGGAGUCCAGAGAUGGGCUACCUGUUUCCCUGCCCUUUGAAAAGUGCAGCACAGAAGUCCUGAGACGCAAACCCGCUGAAGGAACCGAUCCAGAGCAGAUCCUGGUGGGUUUUGCGCAGCUUUGCCACACGUGUCCCGGUCAACGUCUCCAAAGGGUUGUGGAAGGAUUUCCUAGCUGAGUCAGUCCGCUUGGAUUGGGUUGCGCCUCUCCUGGGGAUACCUUUCUCUGGAUCUCUCACCUCCCGUCUCUCUUUCUGCUCUCUAGAGCUUUCUGCUCUCCUUUCUCCAGGCCGUGGGCCGCAUCCUGCUACCCCCUGAAACCUAUCUGUUGAGCCGCAUCCCUUUGGAUUUAAUGUCUCUUUCUUGUCCAUUCCUCCUGCAGAGGGAUCUCUGCUUCUUUGUCUAAAUUCCUGGCAGGCUUUAGAAACUGACCUUAGAGCCUUUAGAAUGCAGAUUUUGAAAACAUCAGUAGUUUAAAAAUUAUUUAGCCAUGCUUCCUGAGCUUUCCUCUGUUUUGUUAUGAUUCAUGAUGUUUCGGGAAUGUCCUAUUGUAUUGCUGUGUAUUGUCUGGGUGGAUUGAAUUUAUGGACUAGUACGGUGACCCUCCAGAGGUUUUGGCCUACAGUUCCCAUCAGCUGUAGCCAGCAUAGCCAAUGAUGAAGGAUAAUGGGUUUUGUGCACUGUGCAUUUCUACCCUGGCUACCUGGGGCUUCCUUUGAAGGAAAGUGGAGGUUAUUAAACUGUUGAAAUAAC